AUGCGAGGGAACGCGACGACAGAGAGGAGACCAGAGGAGAGUCCCAGAGGCGACGACUGCAGGCAGAGAGAUGAGGAGAGACCAGGAGACGAGGAGAGAGACCAGAGAAGGAGAGAGAGCGCAGAGAGGGGGAACCAGAGACAGACGGAGGGACGGGGGCAGAGGCUGAGUCCUAGAGAGUUAGAGAGCCGGGACGAGGGAGACGAGGCCAGCCAGAGAGGAGCGGAGUAG